CAUAACUCCACUAUAUAUUAGCUCUAAGUUAUCUCCUUUUGUACACUACAAUUUCCCGCCUCAAUUUCUCUCAUUUCCCGCUCUGCAAAACCCUAGUUCUUCCAAAUAUGGGCCAAAAGAAGCAACCGUCCACCGAUCCCGUCGCCGAACCGAAGAAGAGGAGGCGUGUCGACAUCGCUGACGUUGAUGCUGGAGUUGAGGCUAAAGACUGCAUCAAAAUUUAUCUGGUGUCUAGCAAAGAAGAAGUGGGUGUUUCAGACAGUUUCUGCAUUGAUCCAGUUGACCUGAAUAGCUUUUUUGAUGAAGAUGGGAAAAUAUAUGGUUACCAAGAGUUGAAGAUAACCGUUUGGGUUAACAUUAUAUCAUUUCAUUCAUAUGCUGAUAUUACGUUUAAGGGCACAUCUAAUAGGGGCAAAGGGAUUACGGAUUUGAAAUCUGCCCUUCAGAGCAUUUUUGCUGAGACACUUGUUGAGAGUAAAGAUAAGUUCCUUCAAACAUUUUCAACAGAGACUCAGUUUAUUAGAUCUGCCGUCUCAACUGGGGAAGUGAUGCAACACAAGGCUUCCAAUGGACACGUUAGUCAUUUAGAAGAGGCUGUUUCUGAUUUGGAGGUUGUUCGCAUGGUGGUGGGCAAUAUGGCAACAGGACACCUUUACAGUCGCUUGAUACCUCUUGUUCUUCUUCUUGUUGAUGGAAGCAAUCCUAUUGAUGUUACUGAUCCAAGAUGGGAGUUAUAUCUCUUGAUCCAGAAAACAGAGGAUCAGCAAGGAGACAUUCAACAUAGGCUACUUGGAUUUACAGCAUUAUAUCGCUUUUAUCACUAUCCUGAUAGUACACGCAUUCGUCUCAGUCAGAUUUUGAUAGUGCCUCCUUACCAACGCAAGGGUUAUGGCAGUUACCUUGUAGAGGUGCUCAGCAACAUUGCAAUAGCUGAAAAUGUUUACGAUUUUACAGUUGAAGAGCCAUUAGAUUCCUUUCAGCAUGUGCGCACUUGUGUUGACAUAAAACACCUGCUUGCCUUUGAACCAAUCCAACCUGCAAUUGAUUCAGCUGUUUUGAGUCUGAAGGAAGGAAAAGUUUCCAAGAAAAUCCGUGCCCCUCGAUUUGUGCCACCCCUCAGUGCAGUAGAUGAUGUCCGGAAAACACUGAAAAUCAACAAGAAACAGUUUCUCCAGUGUUGGGAGAUUUUGAUAUAUCUUAGCCUUCAUCCUGUUGACAAGUGUAUUGAGGAUUACUUUACCAUCAUUUCAAAUCGUGUGAGGGCUGAUAUCUUAGGAAAAGAUUCUGGGACUGCUGGGAAACGAGUGAUUGAUGUCCCUACCACUUUUGAUCAGGAUAUGUCGUUUGUCAUGUUCAGGUCAAAGGAUGGUGAACCUAGUAGCGUCCAGAUGGAUACAACUCAGACAAAUCAAGAACAGCAGCUGCAAGAGUUGGUUGAUGAAAGGAUCAGAGAGAUCAAGUUAAUUGCACAGAAGGUUUCUCCGCCCUGUGCAUGAAGUGUCACUGCUAAAGAAUAGUCUUUGUGGUCCUUUUGUAGGUUAACAUGAACCAAGACUUGUUUGUAAGUAAACGACGACCAACAUCGACCUGUACUUGCACUACUGCUGUGUUAAGAAUAGUUACUGACUUUGCGAUCAUCCAAACUUCUACAAUGCAAUGGUUUAAUUAUUAGUUAUUUUUAAUUUCCUG